AUGCAGGAUGGCGUCAAUGGCCUGACAGAGUGUCCGAUCCCAGGCGAUGGAGGUUCCAAGACGUACACUUUUCAAGCUGCCCAGUACGGGACGUCGUGGUACCAUUCCCAUUUUUCCACUCAGUAUGCCGCAGGAGUAGUCGGCGCCAUCCAGAUCAACGGUCCUGCAUCGGCCAAUUACGACAUCGACCUAGGACCGUACGUAAUCUCAGAUUGGUACCGCCAGCACGCAUUCGAGCUCGAGAGAUCGUCUCAACUGGCUUCGAAUGGUCCUCCAGUUAGCUCGAACGUUUUGUUCAAUGGGACCAACAUCAACUCCGAUCCGGACGUUGGUGGCGGUGCAUAUGACCGCGUUACCUUGACUCCUGGAAGAAGACAUCGACUCAGAAUCAUCAAUACCUCCGCCGAGAACCACUUCUCUGCCUCCAUGGUCGGGCAUAAUCUCACCGUCAUCUCAACUGAUUUUGUACCCGUCGCGCCCCUGGUCGUCGAGUCACUAUUCGUCGCCGUUGGCCAGCGUUACGACGUCAUCAUAGAAGCCGACCAGGCUGUUGAUAACUACUGGUUCAACGCCACCCUUGCAUUAGGCGGUCUCUGUGGGACGUCCGAGAACUUGGCUCCUGCUGCCGUAUUCUCCUACCAAGGAGCUCCAGCAGGUAUCCCGGAAGAACCCGGGGUGCCCCUGACCAACGUAUCCUGUGUUGACAACACUGGGUUCACUCCCGUUGUAAGCCGCACGGCACCCUCUGCCGACUUCUCGGGUGAUGGCAUUCUGGAUAUCACUUUGACCACACCCACCGUCGACAAUGCAACAGUCUUCAGGUGGCAGGUCAACUCGCAGGACAUCAACAUCGCGUGGGACAAACCUACGUUACAAUACGUGAGGGAGAGGAACACCUCGUAUCCCAAGGAUGCAAAUGUGAUAGUAGUCGACGACCCGAACGUGUGGACCUUCUGGGUAGUGCAGAACGAGAACGUCGUGCCGCAUCCCAUCCACCUACACGGACACGACUUCCUGAUAUUAGGAACCAACGACGUCGCCAACUCAGCCGGAGAGCCCGUCACCUUCGACCCCGUCGCCGACUUCGCCCGCCUCAACUUCGUCAACCCCACGCGCCGCGAUGUCGCCAUGCUUCCUUCCAACGGGUGGAUGGUGCUCGCCUGGGUCACUGACAACCCGGGCGCGUGGUUAUUCCACUGCCACAUCGCAUGGCACGUCUCGCAGGGCCUCAGCGUGCAGUUUCUUGAGCGCCGAAGUGAGAUCCCUGCGCUCAUGGACUUGGAGAGACUUGAGCCGGACUGUGCUGCGUGGGAGGACUGGUUUGCGACCGACUCUUACCGGAAGACUGAUUCGGGCUUGUGA